CUUCUCUGGCAAGCUUCACAGUGGAUAUCUAUUAUCUCUAGGGUUUUCAAAAUCAAUGUCAUCUUUAUUAAUUUUGUUAUAUUUUUCUUCUUUAUGUGAAUGUCAUACAAAGGGUGUUCUUAUUUCUUCUUUCUGGUUUCUCUUAAAUUGAUUGAACGCCGUCGCGCUUCAACUGAGAAGGAAGAAAAAGGUCUACGAUGAGGAGAUCCACGAGGAGAUCUUCAAUCGGGAUUGGAUUAGGAGCUGAAGAACGCUUCAAUUCAAAGCCGACCGGAAGUUUUAGUACAAGAUUUUCCUUGUCGUCAUUUGUUAAACGAGUGGAGAAACUCACUGAUGAUCAACGAACUGCGAUAAAGAAAGUUGGUUUCGGUAAUUUGCUUUUGAUACCUAACCAGAUGCUGAGCAAGAGUCUGCUAGUAGAGUUGAUGGACAGAUGGAAUUCUGAGGAAUGUGGUUUUAUGCUGCUUCCUGGUAUUGUCAAAAUUACACUGAUGGAUGUAGCUUUAAUUUUGGGGAUUCGCGUGAUUGGUGUCCCUAUACUGCUUAGGGAGGAUGACGCCUUUUCUGAGCUGGAAACUGAUUAUGGAGCUGCUUUAUGGAAGAGAAAGAUCACAAUUGCGUCACUUGAAAGUAGACUUGAUUUGCUUGGACAAGUAGUUAAUGAAGACUUUGUUAGGACAUUCAUACUCUUUACAUUUGGCACUAUUCUUUUUCCCAAUGCAAAUGGAAAAGUGGAUUCCCGUUAUCUUUCCUUCCUUAAAAGUUUGGAUGAUAUCAGUCGCUUUGCGUGGGGUGCAGCUGUUCUAGAGGACAUAUUUAUGUGGUUGAACAAAAGAAAAGAGUCAAAUGUGCAGUAUGUUGGAGGUUGUCUUAUACUUCUUCAAGUAUGGUGUUAUGAGCACAUUGACUUAGCCCGACCAGAGUUGAUGGAAUGCCAGUCAAUGUUUCCUCGUGCAUGCCGAUGGGAAAGUAGUAAGUCCCAUCAGAGACAAUGGUUUGCUGCAAAAUUCCGGGAAAUGCAGGAUUGUCAGAUAACGUGGCAUCUUCAACCAACUUCUGAGGAGUUACAAUUUGAUGUUAUCAACGAGUUAUUGGAGGUUGAGAGUUCCAGUAUAGACAACUCCUCAGAUGACGGUUCAACUAUUGGUGUUACUGGACUUGAAGUAGAAUCACUCGAGCAUAAUUCCUGUAAAGUACAAGGGGGAAAAGUGAUCAAUUUGAAGCGGUCAACAGUGCCACAAAGUAUACCAGAAGUGCAAACAAUGGGGUUUCCUUCAACUUCAGAUGCUUCGGUAGCACACGAGGACUGCAUGGAGAUACCAUCAGAGUGCCAGAACUUGCAGCAAUUGACUUCUAGCCAGGUUGUUGGUCUUCUUCAACUAGAAUCCGAUGCGAUUAAUACCAGUAAAGUACAAGUACAAAAGGAACAAGAGCAGUCAACAGCAUCUCAACAUGUACGGGAAGUGGAAACAGAGACCAUGGACUUCCAAUCAACAACACGUGCUUCCGAGUUACAUGAUGAGUUUGUGGAACUAUCAUCGAGGUACCAGAACUCAGAGAAACUGACUAAUUUUAAUGUUGUUGGACUUCAUAUAGAAUCAGUGGAGAGUAGUACCAGUAAAGUAGAAGUACUAAAUGGACAAGAGGUUAAUUUGAAUCAGUCAACAUGGCAACAUUUAACAGAAGUGCAAAGAGAGGCCACGGCUUUUCCAUCGAUGCCAUGUGUUUCCAAAUUACACAUGGAGUGUGGAGAGCUAUCAUCACAGUCCCAUAAGGCAGAUAAAUUUAUGAGUGGUAAAGAAGAUGAAUUGAUGAAGAGAAACCAGAUACUGGAAGUUGAAAAUAAAGAAUUGAGGAAAGAGGUAGAGGCUUUAAAAUUGGAAAUCAAACAAUUGAAAAUGCAUAUCUGUUGCACAAAUGAUCUGGUGACCCGUUUAGAGGGACUUGUAAUGGAUGACAUAUACUAAUCAUUGUUAUAUAGGAAUUACUUAUCAAAUGCCUUUUCUUUUCAUUUGCAAAUUUUAAUAUUGGUGACUCUGCUGCAUAUCUGAAAAUCCGUUUGUUUUGAUACAAAAGUGAUAUUAGGGAAGAGUUUACGGGUAUUGUAUGAACCAACGGAGCUAAGUUCAGGGUUAAAAAAAUCAGAUGAUCAAUUCUCAGCCUUGUUGACUCAAAAUGUUGAAGGAACCAUUUAAUCUGUCCUUGAUAUAGGUGGUGUUGGGUUGCCAACUUUGACAUUGAAUUGCAUGUAAUAAAACUCGUGUACCUAAGAAUUUGGAAUCACGAGUCUUUUCCAUAGAUAAAGGUCAGACUCGACGACCUUUUAUUACUUGAUCUCA